AUGGCUGAAAAAGGCGAGGUGCUUGCUAUAUGCUCUGAAGAAGAAGAGGACCGUGCUGGAGAAGCCAUGGAUCCUCCAUUAAACAAAAUGCGGUGCCUUGUGACCCUAAAGCCAGUAGAAGAAAAAGAGGGAGAACCCCAUCUUAAGGCCUUGGUCAUUGCAAAGGGAGAAGGUGCUACUGUCAGCCUGAAGGCCCAGGACAGUAUGAUGGAAGGCAAUUCAACAGCAAUCAAAGGCUCCCCAAAGUGGGUUCCUUCUGACAAAUCCAUUUACCUUAGCCGUGCCAGGCUCUUUCCUGAAGGUGGUGAUGCCAUGUUUACAGGAUUAAUGGUUAGCAGUGAGAUCCCUGCAGGUGCUCCCAGUGUUGCAGCCCUGCCUGGGGGUGAAGAUGUGCCCACUGGGAACCUGAUAAGCUGUGAGAAAUUUAAUGCUGAAAUAAAACGUCAGCUAAUGAAGGAAAUUCGGCGAUAUGGACGGAAAUAUGGAAGGCUUUUUGAGCUGCUUGAAGAAGUGCAGGGACCCCUGGAAGUCCAGAUAAAGUUUGUUGAGUUUGCCAUCAAGGAAGCAGCAAGCAAUAGAAACCGAAUAGAAGUUGUGUGGCCAGGCCUGAUGGCUGAGACCUACAAUUCCAACUACUUGGAAGGGGUGAGGCAAGAGGAUUGA